AUGGAGCUUUCCUUCCAGCUUCAGGACAACACCUUCCUCCUGGAAGACUUCCUGGACAAGUCCUGCAACGCGGCGGCCUACGACGCCACCUCGGACCCGGGCUACUUCAGCGCCGGGAGCAGCUUGUCCCCGACUUCCUCCGAGGACUCCUUCUCCUUCUCGCCGGGCUCCCUGCGGACCGACCUGGCCGACACCUUGGACUCUAUCCUCUUCGGCGGUCCGUCUCAGGGACCUCCGAAGUCGGCCCCCGCCAAGAAAUCCAGAUCCAGGUAUCCGGGAAAGCAGCGUGAGACGGCCAGCGAGAGGGAGAAGCUGAGGAUGAGGGAUCUGACCAAGGCUCUUCAUCACCUGAGGUCCUACCUGCCGCCCUCGGUGGCCCCGCCGGGUCGGAUCCUGACUAAGAUCGAGACCCUGCGCCUCGCCGUCCGCUACAUCUCCUUCCUGUCGGCACAGCUGGGCCUGAGCGAGGAGGUUCUGGAGCAGAGGAGGUCCUCGGCUUGGCCCGAGGAACCUCAAACCCUCAGCCAGUUCUUGGGGCACCAGGAACCUGCCCAGGUGGAGCCUUCAUUUCAGGCUGACUUUCACCUUCAGGCCGAGCAGUACUGGUCGCCACGGCAACAGCAUCCAAACUUCUCGGGUCAGCUCUAA